AUGAGCAGUCUAGUGACCAAUGCGGAAGCUUUUACUUCGUCCGACAUCUACGAGAAGUACAAGGACUUCGUGUUGCGGUUGACCGCGCGCGAUCCACGUCGACAGCGGCUGUUUCAAGCGUCGUUCGAGAUGUUUGCUCUCGAACAAGCCAACUUCGAUAGCAGCAGUGACGAUGACCUGUCGGCCCCUCGCACUUCUCCACCAGAUUCCGAUGACGAAGUCGAAGUUGAGUCGACGCCGAAGCGCGGUCAGAAGCGCGAGGUCGAGAGUCUGGUAAAGCCAAGGUCGGUCGCUCCCAGCACUCCUCGGGCCCCAAUCGUGCUUGAUGCCGAGGCGUUGAAGCGACUGGACCACCGAUUGCGGCAAUUUUGGGAACGACAUGCCAAGGUGGUGUGGUCUCGAUAUUUCUGGAUCGGGUAUGGGCAUUACCGCGAGGCAGGCUACGUGGUUGAUCAAUCCGCGAACCAUCCCAAGGCGGACCUGAGCCGCGCCAAGAAGGCGUGGCUGCUCCUGGUGACGGACUUGUAUCGCAUGGAAGGGCACAGUGUCUUCCAGUACCUGUAUGAAGCAGUGCGCGGGUCGGAUGUCGUACUCGACUAUUUGGCACUCAACGGAUCGAAGCGUUGGCCCGACUUCGCGGCUUUCCCAGAAUUCAUGUCACGCACCAAGUUCAGCCAAUAUUCGUUGUGGGCCCGCGACACUCACUCCAAGGGCUUUGCGUGGUGCGGGGAGUUAUUUGAGACAGCGGGAUCACGAGGAUGGGCCCGUCGGACGGCGCCAUUUCCAUACGUCCGGCACGACAGUCAAGGCAUUUUCUGUCCUCCGUGUUGGCUCCGGGAACAGUCUACGACCGAGAAGAACCAGACCGGGCGCUACGCAGUGUUGCCUGACCAUCAGCGGGUCGAGUUGUUGUCGGAUCACUCAGCCGUAGUGGGUUCGGGCAUAUCCGGGCUGCCAGGAGGCGGAUCGCCGUCGUCGGCCAUUACUUUGUAG